AGAGGCGGAGCUGCAACUUAGUUUGUAACUAACUCCUUUCAACUUCCAGCUGAGAAAAGAGACACUCGCUCCUGCUGGAAUAUUAAACGGACCUUUUAGUUUCACGGGGAAGAAGAAACAGGAGGAGACGAAGACAGUGGGAUUCAGACGGUGUUGGUGAUAAACAACAAAAAGACAGAUGCUCGUUCUGUUACAUUGAGAGGAGAGCGACCUGCAAACAAGGGACGCUAGGUUUGAGAUUUUUCCAUGCGGAACGACUUGGGAGAAAGGGAGCCAACAAGGUCCUGGGAUUCCCACAGUACCUGCCACGUCAUGCCAUGUUAUGCCAUGUUCUUAUCAGGGGUUUUGCUGUGAGAAGGGCAGAUGUGUUGACGUUGUUCAGAGAGACCAACACUGUGUAAUGUGGAUCUGCUUGAGACGACAGGACAACUGGACAUAACCUGGGAGAGAAGACCUGUACAGGUGUGAAUUUGUAACCCCAGGCAUCAUGGGAGCACAGGAAUGGCAUAUUGCGAGACCCCGACUGUGAGACCCUUCAAAAGAGAUGCUGCAGCCGAUAGUCUGGGAUUGAACGCUGUCAUUGGAGCCACUUGUGUGUGUUAGCUUGCGUUCGUGUUCCUGUUCACCCCUGAAGGAAGCCUGGCAGCUCAUGCUGCCAAUAGGCUGUGAGGACUGGGGUCUCGAGAGGGGGUGGCUGAGCUCUGAUGGCAGACAUGGUCUUCAGCUGCUGAGACCUGCAACAACUUGGAAACAUGACCAGCUUGAAACGUUCGCAGACUGAGCGUACCGUGGGGGGCGCAGUCCCGGCUGGGGACGAUUUCUACACCCGCCGCCUGCGUCUGCCCAAUGGAGGGGCCCCCCCUCCCCGCAGCGAGAGCACCCACCUCUCGGGCUGCACCCCAGGGGUGCCUAAAAUGGGGGUGCGGGCUCGGGUGGCUGACUGGCCCCCUCGGAAAGACGGAGGAGGGAGUAUCUGGCAUAUUAGUCUGGAGCCUGAAGUAACAACGAGCACCAGCUGCAGCAGCAGCAACAACAGCAGCAACUUGAAAAUGGGCCACCGGAGCCCCCAGGACUCCUCCAUGCUGAGAAGUAUCCAUAACACCCUGAAGAGCAAAACUGGCAGCAACACUAGCAGCGUGGACGGGCGCUUCCUCUCCCCCGACUGCUAUCCCGGCUCCCCUCGCAGAGCCAUGAGGCGCAUCCGACAGCGCAGCAACUCCGACAUCACCAUCAGCGAGCUGGACGGCGGUGGCAGCGGAGAUGGGGAUGAGGAGAGGGGGACCCCUAGUAGUAAAUGGUCCCCACUGCAUCGGGAGUACGGCAGCACGUCCUCCAUAGACAAGCACGGUGCUUCCGGGGAAAGCUUUUUUGACAUGCUGAAGGGCUACCAAGGAGACAAGCCGGACCAGCGGAGCCAGCCGCCAGAGAAACUUGGGGAGCUGCUGGCUGGCGGGCAGAAGAUGAUGAGUGGAUUUGACACCCCAGAUGGCCCCUUGAGCUCCGGGGCUCAGCGUGGGAGCCCCUCAGGCCGGCUGAAGGAGCGGGAGAAGCACCUGAAGAGACGCUCCAAAUCGGAGACUGGGGGCGACUCCAUCUUCCGCAAGCUGCGCAGCGUUCGGGGCGAAGGGGACCAGCCGGGCUCCAGAGCAGGUUCGGAUCUGGAGGAUGGCGGACGCUCGGAGGACACCCAACACAAGCCUUGGAGCUGCCAGAAAGGGUUUGCCCACUUCGACAUACAGAGCAUCCUGUUUGACCUGAAUGAGGCAACACUCAGCCGGCAGAGUGCCAUCAGGAGGCGGAAUACCACCACGGGAGCCUCUGCUGCAGCUGCUGCCUCCUCCUCUUCCUCCUCUUUUUCCCUCUCCUCCCCUCAGACCGGAGCUUACGGCUCUCCAUCGGGCAGCCAGGAUGACCUAACUUCCAAGGAGAACUUGGGCCUGGACCCUGGUGACGACAAGAGCAACGACCUGGUGCUGAGCUGCCCCUGCUUCCGCAAUGAGAUUGGGGGCGAGGGGGAGAGGAAGAUCAGCAUGUCCAAGCUGGGCACCAUCGGAGGUGGGGGAGGCAGCGGGGAGGGCGGCCCCUUCGAGUCCUCGCUCGGCUCGCACUGCACAAAUGCCGGUGUGGCCGUGCUGGAGGUGCCCAGGGAAAGCCAGGCCCAGCACAACGAGCGGAUCAAGAGAUGCAUCCUGGAGCACGUGGACCUGGGCUGCUACUACUAUCGGAAAUACUUCUACCUGAGAGAGCACUGGAACUAUUUUGGGGUGGAUGAGAAUCUGGGCCCGGUGGCUGUGAGUCUUCGCAGAGAGAAGCUGGAGGACAGCAAGGAACACGGGCAGCAGUACAACUACCGGGUCACCUUCCGUACCAGCGAGCUGACGACGCUGCGGGGCUCCAUCCUGGAGGACGCGGUACCCUCCACCUCGAAGCACGGCACUGCCCGCGGGCUGCCCCUGAAGGAGGUGCUGGAGUAUCUCAUCCCUGAACUCAACACACACUGCCUGCGCCUGGCCCUCAACACUCCCAAGGUCACUGAGCAGCUCAUGAAGCUUGACGAGCAGGGGCUCAGCUUCCAGUUAAAGGUGGGCGUGAUGUACUGUAAAGCAGGGCAGAGUAGUGAGGAGGAGAUGUACAACAAUGAGUCAGCCGGACCUGCCUUUGAAGAGUUCUUGAUGCUGCUUGGGGAUCGCAUUCGACUGAAGGGCUUCAGCAAAUACCGGGCACAGCUCGACACCAAGACGGACUCUACUGGAACUCACUCUUUAUACACCGUGUACAAGGACUACGAGAUCAUGUUCCAUGUGUCGACCAUGCUGCCCUACACUCCAAACAACAAGCAGCAGUUGUUGAGGAAGCGGCACAUCGGGAACGACAUUGUGACCAUCGUGUUCCAGGAGCCCGGGGCCCAACCCUUCAGCCCCAAGAAUAUCCGCUCGCACUUCCAGCAUGUCUUUGUGGUGGUGCGGGUGCACGAGCCCUGCUCCGACAACACCUGCUACAGCGUCGCUGUAGCCCGUUCCAAAGAUGUCCCCUCCUUCGGUCCCCCAAUCCCCAAGGGGGUGACGUUCCCCAAGUCCACGGUGUUCCGGGACUUCCUGCUGGCCAAGGUCAUCAACGCGGAGAACGCAGCACACAAGUCGGACAAGUUCCGCGCCAUGGCCACGCGCACGAGACAGGAGUACCUGCGGGACCUGGCAGAGCGCCACGUCACCAGCACCCCCAUCGACCCCUCAGGCAAGUUCCCGUUCAUCUCCCUGGCCUCCAAGCGCAAGGAGAAGAGCCGGCCCUACAGCGGCGCAGAGCUGCGCAGCCUGGGCGGCAUCACCUGGCACGUUCUGGCCGAGGACUACAGCAGCGGAGGGUCGGAGGUGGAGGGGCUGCUCGUCAUCUCCAACGAGUACCUGGUGAUCAUCGACCGCGAGGCCAAGAGCACAGUGUUCAACUGCUUGGUGCGCGACGUCAUCGGCUGGACCCACAGCAGCCCCACCACACUCAAGUUGUUUUACGAGCGCGGGGAGUGCCUGUCCUUUCACACCGUCGCAAACAACUACGAAGACUUCCGUGAGGUUGUCAAGCGCCUGGAAUUUCUGACGAAGGGCUGCAAUACGAACGAGAUGACGCUGCGGCGAAACGGCCUGGGCCAACUGGGCUUCCAUGUGAACUACGAGGGCAUCGUGGCCGAGGUGGAGCCCUACGGGUACGCGUGGCAGGCGGGGCUGCGGCAGGGCAGCCGGCUGGUGGAGAUCUGCAAGGUGGCCGUGGCCACGCUCUCCCACGAGCAGAUGAUCGACCUGCUGAGGACCUCUGUGACCGUCAAGGUGGUCAUCAUCCCCCCGCACGAGGACUCCACGCCACGCAGGGGCUGCUCGGAGAUGUAUCGGAUGCCCGUGGCCGAGUACAAGACCAACAAUGAGGGGGCGCCUUAUGAGUACAAGCUCCCCUUCCGCAACCAGAGCAAGUGGCAGCGCACAGCCUCCAGCCCCCAGCAGUCUCCCCCGCAGGGCCACACUGGCAGCACCCCCAGCAGGGCUGUGUCUGUGGGGGGCAGCAUGGGGAAGGCCCAGGGCCAAGAGAGGGGGGAGCGGGGUGCCAUCAUCCCCCGCAGUGUGUCCAGCGACGGCCGCCCGCUGGACCCUAAGAGGUUCUCCCCUGGCUCUAACAGUAACUACGCCCUGGUGUCCCAGCAUGGCAGGAACUCUCCCAGCAGCCUCUCCUACUCCAGCGAUACUGGCUCUGGGAGUGGCUCCCACUGGAGACAGAAAUCCGUACCUGAGGGGUACGAAGUGAGGCAUUCCCCCCUGUCAGUGGACCGGCAGAGCAUCGGGGAGACGGGCAGCAGCGGCAAGUCCACGCCCAGCUGGCAGCACAACCAGGAGGCGGAUGUGGGCAGCGCAGGCUCGGAGAGGUCACCACUUGAGCCCUCCAGUCACCCCCCACCCUCCUCCAAGGGGCUGCCCCCCUACAGGGAGAGCACGAGUGGACCGCGCAUCCAGAGACAGGAACAGGUCAUCCACCUCUCUCCCAACAAGCACGGGCAGACGGAGGCUCCCUACUCCAGCCACUCCAGCAGUAACACCCUGUCCAGCAACGCCUCAAGCGCGCACAGCGAUGACAAGUGGUAUGAGAUAGGGGGCGGGGCCGGGGAACGGCCAGACUCUGAGCUCAAUGGCUUUGGGGGCUUCCUACAGGGAGCAUCAGCGGACAGCGGCAUCGACGCCACCUCGUACAGCGCAACCUCCCUUCCAGGGGGCAAAGACAAGGCCCCCUCGCCUUGGCAGAGUUGCGGAGAGGGGAGCAGGGAUCGCCACCCCCCUGCUGCAGAGUCCCCCGGCCCUCCAGGCCCUUCUGAGAGCCAUGCCAAGAGCCCCAGCACCUACCCUCCCAUGGCACAUGACAGCAGCACCCACAGCCUGAGUGACACGGCCUCCCACUCCAGCACCCUCAGCUCCAGGCACUCAGGCAGCCCUGUGGUGUUUGGCUCCAGCCGGAGCUCUCCGCGGGAGGACUCUCACCCAGCCACUUCCCCUUCCUCCCAGACCUCCCUUUCCCCCGGCCCCAAGACCUUCUACCCACGUCAGGGGGCCACCAGCAAGUACCUGAUCGGCUGGAGGAAGCCCGGGGGCACCAUCAACUCUGUGGAUUUCGGGGACACCAGAAAGCGUCACCAGAGUGAUGGUCCGGAGGGGGGUCAGGCUCAGCUGCGCCCCUCCAUUCGAGACCUGCGCUCCCCCCAGCGCCUCUGCAAAUCCACUGUAGAGGAGGACCUGAAGAAACUCAUCAGCCUCGACAGCCCUCCACCCAGCCUGAAAGACCAGCACAAGCCCUCUUUCCCCAGCUCUGCACCCUGCCGGCGCUCGCUCCACAGGACCCUGUCUGAUGAGAGUAUCUACAGCGGGCAGAGGGAGCCCACCUUCUCCUCCCUCCUGGGCCAGGCCCUGCCCAGCGAGGUCCUAUUUAGCAGCACGCGUCCCCUUGCCCCCAGCACGCUGCCCUCCCGACGGCCAUCCCACAUCCUGGGGGUUAAGAGCCUGCACGGGGAUCUGUCUGCCUCGGACACCUCUCUAUCGGAGCUCCACCGGGCCCAGCAGGACCCCGGGCUCAUGCCUCUGCCCAACACAGACGUGGACUCUGGCCUGGACUGGUCACACCUGGUGGAUGCUGCCAAAGCUUUCGAGGACCAGAGAGCCUUGUUAUUGAGAGGUAAUGAAGUGAACCCAGGUCGUGAGAGUGCUGCUACCAGCCCCCAGCAGCCAGAGAGCCAGCUCUCCCCGCAGUUCAGUCUCUGCUCCAGUGAGGUCCCUUCCAGCCUCACUGGGAAGGUCAGUCAGCUCGAAUCAAUAGUGAAACUACUUCAGGAAGACUUAAAGAAGGAAAAGGAAGACAAAGCCAUGCUGCAGAUGCAGGUGCAAAGCCUCCGAGAGGACAACCAGAGGCUGCAGGAGGAGUCUCAGAAUGCCUCGGCCAAGCUGAACAAAUUCACAGAGUGGGUGUUCAACACCAUCGACAUGAACUGAGCCUUGAGACUGACGAGCGAGACGGGAAGAGACACAGAGGGAACGAGGUGUCUCCCCAUGGCUGCCAGUGGUGGGGGGUGGGGGGUGCACAGGGGGUCUAGAACACUACGUACAUGCUUUCUGACAAUGGCUACCCAAACAAGAAUCUGGCUACUUUCGACUUGGCUGUGGAUGUGACUGCUGGAUCUGUAGUCAGCUUUUCAUGGUGCCUCUCUAAAUUAGUUAACUAAGGUCUCGUUCCUGGCUGGAAGGAAAAAUGUGGUCUACCUUUUUGAAAGAGACGGAUAUUGAUGCUCAGUGACUGGGCUGCGAUGGUUUGCUGUCUUGGUUCUCCACACAUUCCCUGAGUUGACACAGAAGAAAUACAUUCCGAGCCCAACCUCUGUUUCACAUUAAUUUCUUUAUGGGGUCCAUCUGUGAUUUAGGUUGUGGCUUUCAAUCACUGCCACACACACUGCAACCCUGAGCUCUCUAUCCCAAACCACCAAGCUACACAAUCCCACAAACUUCCACACUGCAGCCCAGCGCUUUCUUUGUUUCAUGAACCUCUUACUUUCCAUGCUCAGCAUCACAUCGGUCUUAAUGAUCCAAGUGCUUUUGUUCUCACUGGCAGCCAUUGGGCACUCCUUGUUAAGUUUUUACUCGAGAAUUAGGAAUAGUAAUUUUGUAUGAUUAUGUUUUUAAGAAAGAAAAAAAAAGACAAUUAAAUAAUUUUUUUUUCUGACGCAUAUCUCUUGAAAUGCUGCUGUGACAUUGUGACAAUGUAAAUCUUUCCAAGUUUAGAUUAUUUUGCUUCGGUACUUGGUGACGUGGCCAGUGCUCAACUGGCUUAUAUAUACAACUGAUAGUCUUUGUGAUUUUACUUAACUACAAAAUGCAAGGGUCCAGCACAGCUCUUGUCCUGAAUUUUUAGCAGUCCACAAACUGCAUCUAAUCAAAAUUGAGCUUGUGGUGGUGUAAUCAAAUCCUGCUCAUGAGAAGCAUGGGAUGCCAGCUCAACAGUCAAGACAUCUGGUUUUAAUAAAUUGUAUAUUGACACUACUCUUGUUCUCUUGCAAAAGUGUUUGGUUCUUCUUAUGUAUCUUUGAGAUCCCAGUACGCCUGCAAUGUCAUGCCUAUGGAAUCACUACAAAACAUAGAAAAGCAGUUUGAGAUCUAGAAGAGAGGCAGUCACAGGAUUUCUAGGAUCUCAAGGUUUUAUUUUUGCUAUCUGUAUAUUAUUUGAUGUUGCCGGUUUGGACUCUAAACUCUCUCUCACUCAUAUAUAUAUAUAUAUAUAUAUAUAUAUAUAUAUAUAUAUAUAUAUAUAUAUACUAUAUAUAUCAAAAUGUAUGUGUGUUUGUUAAAAAGUUAAUAAAAUUCCACACUGGAAAGGUAGUGAUAACCUUUUUAAAAGUAGUUUCCCCAAAUAACGUUUUUAUUGUAUUUAUUUCGUUGUUUUAAACUUAACAGCAUGUCCCACAAGUCAGGCCUCACUGGCAAUAUCAUAUAUUGCUGUGAUUUAGGGUGUUCUCUCUCAAAUUAAGUGGUCACAUGCUGACUAUCUGUACCACCCAUCAAUCAGUUCAUUCCUAAAUGAAAUAGACUCAUCCAAUAUUAACAGUUACGUCUGUGAUGUGAUUUGAAAUAGACUGCCCAAAUGAGUGUGAAUAGGUUGUUAUGAAGUGCAACAGCCUGCAAAUUACAUUGAGCAUCAACAACCGGUUAAUUCCAAAAAAAGUUUAAAACAUUUUGAAAGAUGUACAUUUCUAAUUUUACUAAAUUCUACUCUUUAGGGCUCUAAUAAGUGCAAUGUUUGGCGCACACUUACUUAUAUAUUA